AUGAAACCAGGAAAUGAUACGCAAAUUUCAGAAUUUCUUCUUCUGGGAUUAUCAGAGGAACCAGAACUGCAGCCCCUCAUCUUUGGCUUUUUCCUCUCCAUGUACCUCAUCACUGUGUUUGGAAACCUGCUCAUCAUCCUGGCUGUCAGCUCUGAUUCCCACCUCCACACCCCAAUGUACUUCUUCCUGGCCAACCUUUCCUUUGUGGACAUCUGUUUCACCUCCACCACCGUCCCCAAGAUGCUAUGGAACAUCCAGACUCAGAGCAAAGUUAUCACCUAUGCAGGCUGCAUCACACAGAUUUACUUUCUCAUAGUCUUUGCUGUGUUGGAUGUCUUUCUCCUGAGCAUGAUGGCCUAUGACCGGUAUGUGGCCAUCUGUCACCCCCUGCAAUACACAGUCAUCAUGAACCCUCGGGUCUGUGGACUUCUGGUUCUGGUGUCCUGGAUCAUCUGUGUCCUGCAGUCCUUGUUACAAACCUCGAUGGUGUUGCGGCUGUCCUUCUGUGCAGUGGUCGAAAUCCCCCACUUUUCCUGUGAACUUAAUCAGAUGAUCCAAGUUGCCUGUUCUGACACCUUCCUUAAUAACUUGAUGGUGUAUUUUGCAGCUGUCCUGCUGGUUGGUGGUUCCCUUGCUGGGAUACUUUACUCUUACUCUAGGAUAGUUUCCUCCAUACUUGGGAUCUCAUCAGCUCGGGGCAAGUAUAAAGCAUUCUCCACCUGUGCAUCUCACCUCUCAGUUGUCUGCUUAUUUUUUUGUACAAGCCUAGUAUACCUUAGCUCUGCUGUUUCCCAGAGCUCCCACUCAACUGCAGUGGCCUCAGUGAUGUACACAGUGGUCACACCUAUGCUAAACCCCUUCAUCUACAGCCUGAGGAACAAAGACAUAAAGAGGGCUCUGAAAAGAACCGUUGGGAUUCCAGUGAUGUAA